UUAAAUCAGCUCAGUGUUCAAGUUUCUUUGGUGUUAUUUUUACAUUCGUUAUCUAAAGACACCUGUUUAAUUCUCAUACAGCAGUUCAGUGACCUGUUUUACGUGUAUAUAAAGAUAGGAACUGAGUCAGACUGCAUCUUGCUGUCUAAAGAGGUGAUAUUUCACAAUGAGGCGUGCUGCAGCUUUUCUGGCGUUACUGCUCUGUCUGUACUGGACAAGGGCUCAGGGUGAGAGUGGAGGGGUGACAGGGAAUGAUAUCACUCAGACGGAGGUUCAGUCUGAGAUCCUGGGUGUCAAAGCAACCAAUGAUCAGACCAACAUCACCCCUGAUAUCUGGGCUGAGCUGAAGGAGCUGAGAGACAUGGCCAUUGAACACAGUGUGGAGCUGAGGAACAGCAAGAGCAAGAUGGAGAAGCUGGAGCUGGAGAAUACAGCCAUACAGGCCAGACUGACAGCCAGCGAAAGCAGAAAUGCAGUGUUGGAGGAAAGAAUGAGCUCCAGUGAAAACGAGGUGGUAAAGCUCCAGAUACAGAAUGCAGUUUUGGAAGCUAGAUUGAGCACCAGUGAAAAUGAGGUGGAGGAACUCAAGAGAGAGAAUACAAUGUUGGAGGCCAGAAUGAGCACCAGUGAAAAAGAGGUGGAGGAACUCAAGAGGGAGAACACAGAUCUUCUAGCCAGAGUAACAGCGUGUGAAAAUAAAAGCAAAGUGUUAGAGGCCAGAAUGAGCUCCAGUGAAAACGAGGUAGAGGAGCUGAAGAGAGAAAAUGCAGACCGACCAAAGGUGGCGUUUUCUGUUGCCCUUACUGACGAAGGCGCAGUUGGACCCUUCAGUACUGACAGCACACUUAAGUUCAGUAAAAUUAUCACCAACAUUGGCCAGGCUUAUAGCCCGAUUACAGGUAUCUUUACAGCACCAGUCAGAGGAGCCUACUACUUCAGAUUCAAUGGGUUUGAAACACGGGAAUCAAUUAUAAUAGGUAUUGGACUGUAUCACAAUGACAAGAGGAUUACUCUUAGUUAUGAUACAGAUGAUGACAUUGGUCAUGUCACUGUGUCUAAUGCAUUUGUUCUUGAACUGGAAAAGGGAGAUGUGAUCUACAUGGUCCUCAUCUCAACCUGUGGUGUUUAUGAUGAUCGCAAUAAUCGUACCACUUUUAGCGGAUUCCUACUUUAUGCUCUGUGAUGUCAGCUGUAAAAACACCCACAGUUGAGUCAAGUAUCAAAAUUACUCUA